CGAGUUUUACGGUAGCGCCAUCUCUCGAGUACCAUAUGCGCGUUCACUCGACUGUAACCCUACACCGAGUCUCCGGCAGCAGAGAGGCGCAGGGCGAAGCCUGGCGGACAACAAAAAGCGGGCGAGAAAGAAAGAGCGAGAGCAGCAACCAUGGCUGCUUUCCUUGGGACUCGCGGGGAAAACUGGCGUCGUGUCUUUCCCGCGUGGCUCAGCUGCUGACACGUCUUCUUUUUACACAACGCAGGAGGACACCAUGGUGUUUGGAUAAACUACACAUAAGAGCCAGUGCAACGCAAGCGACGGCAGACAUACCGUGGUGCGGGGACGGCGAACGAUGGCCUUGUCGACGGCCCUGGCAAAGGCGCUUUUUGACAAUGCGGCGGAGAGCCCGGAGGAGCUGGCGUUUCGCAAGGGGGACAUCCUGAUGGUGCUGGACCAAGAGGGAGGGGGUCCCGGCUGGUGGCUGUGUUCUCUGCACGGCAGGCAGGGCAUAGCCCCAGCCAACAGGCUCCGCCUCCUCAAUACCACUCAACCCUCCCCCGCUAUGACGGCUGACUCCGCGGCGACCCAGCCCCGCACCGAAGACUCCGUGUACCUUUCCCCUGCUCCGCACCCUCGACCUGCCCAGGCGAAAGCUGCCAGGGGGCCCGGGGGCGGCGACGAAAGCGUGUACCUGUCACCAUCUCCGCGGGGAGCCACGGUGGUGACAGCUCUGUGCCGCGGUGACGGGCGUCCCCGGUCACGCUCCAGCUCCGGGUCCCGUCCCCGGCCCGACUGGGACGCGUGCACAACGGGAAGAGCCCGUUCCCCCUCCUUGCGGGGACGGGGCUCAGAAUCAGGAAGUGCCAAACAUCAAACCCUCUACCAGACCCCCACGGCUCACAGGCUGCAAGGGGGUUCUGCACCGGAGGCGGUGUAUCUCAGCCCCUGCGGAGUGCCCAGGGUUGCUGCGGACAGCCUUGGACCCCCAGAGUCAGGAGGGGCAGAGGCUGCCUACCUUGUCCCGCGCGAAGCGGCAGUAGCAGUGGGGAAUUCUGAGGGCUGCUACUUGCUUCCACGAGCGGGUGCGCAACCCAGCGAAGAAGUGUAUCAGACCCCCACGGGUGGGACAGCGGCAGACCCUGUCCAAGGUGGCCUUGCCAGGGGGGACAGUGGCCAGCUCCCGUUCUCCAAUGGCACCAAUCUCAACUCUCAGACCAAAGUACCACAGGAGAUAGCUGCAUUGUAUCAGACCCCCACCGUUUCAGGGAUGCUUCCUGUGGCUCCACAAAGUGGUCUCAAACUGCCUGGGGAAAAUAUGGUUCCCGUGUCCUGUUCGGCAUCUCAUAAACACAUAUCUUGUCCCACUGAGGGGUCCCCAAGGGUCUUGGCCAAAAUAGCUGGUAGUCAGGGUAUCCCCUCCACCCCUCCCAGUGCCCGGGGCAGGCUGCCCCAAGGCCAUCCAAGGAAUUCUCCCAUCUUAGGUAGGGCAGGCAGUGCCAGAGUCCAGGGCUCUCCCAGCUUCGCCCGGAAACCACCGCCUCCUGCUCCCCCAGUGAGAGGCGUUACCAAAAAGGAGAAACCUGCGGCACAACAGGGAUCGCAGGUGGAUGGCCAGCAGGGGUCAUCCCCAAACAAAGCAGAGGGUCCCAAGGAUGGAACUGCAAAGGACGAGGAGAAUGUGAAAAAGAGAGAUGUAAAAAUUAAGAGGGAUCAGGAGGAAGGGGAGUAUGAGGAACCAGAUGAUGAGAACCUCCGCAACCAGGUGUAUGACACUCCGCCUACCAACAGGUGGCAGCAUACAGUUCAGCCCUUAUUCCGCGACAACGACGACAGUAUCUACAAUACCCCACGCACCCAUCCCCCACACAACGACCAAGGGUCAGAGGUAUACGACGUUCCCACCCUCACUUUGACAUCAGUUGCCCAGCAGCAGACUUACAAUGUCCCAGCAGGCAUUGCAAGGACCGCAGAGGCCGAGGAUGAUGUCUACAGUGUCCCUACCCUCCCGGGCCUGUCAGCGGUGCCAGAUGAUGUCCCUGACGGCGCUGGAUUUGAAGCGAAUCAGCGUGAGGUUUACCGUGUGCCAGCGACUGGAAAGCGAGGACCGGCGGAUCAAACAGAUGGCGCUCUGCGUCCAGAGGAUGGCGGUGAGGGGUCGGACCGCGAAUGUGGUAUCUAUGACAUGCCUGCACUGAGUGUGGAUGCUUCCCUGUCCUCCACCCGUCGAUCUUCUGUGUCCAGCACUGGUUCUGGAGACCUUCAUUGGAAAACCUCGCUCAGCAACCUCAUCCAGGCGACCCUGAAUUCUGCUUCUGCUUCAGCUUCCUCAUCCCCACGGGAUUUGGCUGCCUCCUUGACAGAAAUCCUCUCUGUUUGGAAGGGUUAUCAAGCAACAGAAGCACCUCCGCCCAUUUUGCAAGCAUGGUCCCGAAUGUCAGACCUGCUUCCUGCACUUUCUGCCUGCGGCUCAGCCCCUCCAUCUGAGUCGCUGCUCUCACUGGUCCAGCGGGUACUCGAGGAUGCAGCCUCACUCCUACAAAGCCACGGUCUCCCUCCGUCAGGCAGGCCCCGCCUACUUUCCCAGGAAUCCCUGUCCCGGAGACCAUUGCCAGCACUUCCAGUGGCUGAAGUAAAACCCCUAAACGUGGGAAUGGGUAGCCGCAAAGGCAGCUGGAUUCAAGAGAGACCUUUGCCCCCUCCGCCCCCUCCCUCUUUUCCCUUGCCCCCUGUGCCCCCCCCUCAACCCAACAACGAUGGACAAGAUGAAGGGGAGGAGCUGGGAAAUGAGUAUGCAGGGAUUGGUCUACCUGUGGCCCCACCAACCAUUCCCAUGGGAGACAGUGGAGGAUAUGUGAAACUGCAGGGCAAGCCUGAUCCUCCAGCGUUCAUACAGACAGAGAACAGCCAUGCCACACCUGACCCCCCUGUGGCAGAACAGAGGUCAAGCCCCUCCCCCCCUCUCCCGGUCUCACUCUCUCUGGAAGAUUCGGAGUUGCUGUCCUUCUACUCUUCCCAAAGCCUCUCCCACCUGUCCUGCCUGGCUGACUCCAUAGACGCCCUCUUCACCAGUGUGCAGGGGAACCAGCCGCCCCGCAUAUUUGUGUCCCGAGGGAAGAGUUUGAUUGUGACAGCCCAUAAGUUGGUCUUUAUCGGGGACACACUUUCACGCCUGCUUACCUCUCCGGACCUUAGGGCAAAGGUCACUACGUCAGGAGGGCGACUCUGUCAGGCCUUGAAGGCCGUUGUCGUAGCAACCAAGGGGGCAGCUCAGAAUUACCCAUCUGUGUCUGCCACACAAGAGAUGGUGGAUCGGGUAGCAGAGCUAUCCCAGCAUGCAGCUGGCUUCUCAGGGCUGUUGCAAAGGCUGGCAGAAAUAUCCUGAUGUUUUAUCCUUUCCGUUUCCUUUUGAAAUGCUUGGUUUGUGUUAAUGUAUUUUUAAUCGACUGCUGUUGGCAACUGAAAGGAAUGGGGCCGUACCUCUAGCCUUUGUCAUCACGUGGCAGACGAGCGCAAGAAACACACCGCUACGUGUGUACUCUGUCCCUGAGCUAACACGCUUCUGUGGCUAGACUGUUCCCCAUUGUGUCGAAUUGAGGCGUGUGCAACGUCCCAGUGACAAGAACUAAUGUUGCUUAAUUUAUUGAAGGCUGUUCCUCAAUGUUAAUACUUUUGUCUGUAUUGUUUUACUGCAGUCUGUAGUGUGUGCGAGUCCAGUCCUUUCUCUUUCCACACCUUUCUGUUCACCUUGCCUACGUGUGUGUGUGGGUGUGGGUAGUCGCACAUGUCCCUUUCCUCACCUCAGUUGAUUUCACCUGCCUUAUUUAAAGUGGUGCUGAAGAGAGGGUGCUCUCUAAACUGGGAGGGGCAUGAGAAUGACACUAGGUACUGCUAUUAGAUUUGUGUUGCCUUCAGUAUGAAAUUCCUGCACAGCUGGCCAUUCCUCUAAUGUUUCUCUGUGUGGCUGUUUCGGGGGGGGGGGGGGUUGUAAAGGAAUGCGAACCACAACGAGAGAGAUUAUUCUUCCAUGCUGACAAAGUGUGUGUGCGCACAUGCAUGUGACAUAUGGAAUGGUACAGUGAGACUGAAAGACACAGGAGUCAUGGAUGCCUUUCCCAUGCUAGUGGCACCCUGAUAAAACCUGUCUGUUGGCACUUAUGUAGUCCUUCCUUACCUCUUCAUUCUGCCACACACAGGGAAACACUACCACUCCCCUUUCCUUUUCAGUUUCUUAUGCAAUUCCCCCUUCAGUGUCUGCUUCCCAUGUAGACAGACAAUAACAUUUCAUCUCUCUCUCUCUCUCACACACACACACACAAAAACAUGCAGUAACAUGCCUGGACACGGACUGACUUCCCCACCACGGAAACUAGCUGCCGCUAAACAUGCGGGCUAGUUAACGGCUUUCACAUCCUCUUGUGGAUGAAGCACAGUCAGCUCGCAUGCACCAGCGCUGACCUCCCCCGUACUCUCUUAUCUCCUCUCAGUCCCAGGGUCAGGCCUGCUUCCUGUGCCGUCGCCCUCUCGAGUUCCAAUCCUCCUCCUUUAACUUGCCUUCUCCUCACACGCCCGAGACUAGGGGCUGAAGCCUGCUGUGUCCUAUGGAUGUUUGCGCAUUUCAUAGGUGCCAAAACCAGAGGCUGGCCUGUGGAGGAUGUGCCCUCUGCUUUGCUCUGCAGCGCCACCUAGCAAAGACAAGCAAAGGACAAGGCUGAGGCCUGCCGCUGGGGCCGUGCUGCCGACCUCUCAGUUCGUCGCCUUCGCGUUCCUGCUCUUUUCCGCCGACCGGACAGCCUUAAAAACACCCUUCCUUCUUCCUUCCCGUAACAACGUUCUUCUGACUCUGCACGUCUCAACUUUUUCAAAUAUGCACAUAUAACCAGGGAUAGUAAUGCAAUGAAUUUAAUAGCACAGCAAUUAAAGUGAUUUAAAGAAAAAAGUUACAGUGCGAGUGCUGUAGCUUGUUUUCUACCAGAAUGUAUUUUUGAACAGUUCUUAUUUUCCAUUCUGAUUGAUUUUGACAUCGUAUUUAAAGUGGUUUGGGGUGAAUAAGUGUGUGUGGAGCACAGGGUUUGUACACAGGUGCGUGCUAAAAGUGCCCGUGGCUUGGUUUUUGUACAACAAUACAUUCUCUUGUUUUUAACUAA